AUGGGGUUUGAAAGGUGUCCACAAGAGUAUGCAGUUUACACGAAGAAAAAGAAGGGGAGCAUACUAAUAAUCGGUGUCUAUGUUGAUGAUCUCAUUGUCACAGGUAGUCAUAAUGAUGAGAUAAUGAAGUUCAAACAACAAAUGAGCAAGGAGUUUGGAAUGAGUGACCUUGGGAUGCUAACUUACUAUUUAGGCAUUGAGGUUAAUGAACAUAAAAAUGGUCUCACAUUGAGACAAGCGAAUUAUGAAAACAACAUCCUAAAGAAGGCUGGGAUGUUUGAAUGUAAUCCUUGCAGGUACCCCAUGGAGUCAAAACUACAAUUGACUAAGGAUAAAGAAGGUGAACUCGUGGAUCCUACUUCAUAUCGAAGCAUCAUAGGAGGGCUAAGAUAUCUUACUCACACACGACCCGACAUAGUUUUUUCUGUAGGCAUUGUGAAUCGUUUCGUGGAGAAACCAACCAAGCAACAUCAAGUAGCUGUGAAGCACAUACUAAGGUAUGUAAAAGGGAUUGUGGACUAUGGUUUAUCAUAUACGAAAGGUGGAAAGAAUUGUGUGAUUGGAUACACUGAUAGUGAUCUAGCAAGAGAUGUUGAAGAUAGAAAAAGUACAUGUGGAAUGGCGUUUUGCUUAGACAAAAAUCUUGUUACUUGGAGUUCACAAAAGCAAAAGUUUGUUGCAUUGUCAUCAUGUGAAGCAGAAUUUAUGGCAACUAAUAAUGCAACAUGUCAAGGAAUUUGGAUAAGUAGGUCGCUUGGUUUGUUGACCGGAAGAAAACCUGGUCCACUUGAAUUGAAUGUGGAUAACAAGUCAGCUUUGGAUUUGAUGAAAAAUCUAGUCUUUCAUGGAAGAAGUAAACAUAUUGAUACAAGAUAUCACUUCAGUCGUGAUCAUAUAGAAAGAGGCAAUGUUAUAGUAAAGCAUGUGAAUACUAAUGAGCAGAAAGCUGACAUCUUGACCAAGCCUAUGAACAAAGUGAAGUUUGAAGCAAUGCAAAAGUUGAUUGGAGUAAAAGACGUGAAGAUUCCAGAUUAA